AUGUCAACCUUUAAUAUUGCUGCUAAUUACAACAAUUGCAUAAUUCCAGAUUAUAUAGAAGCUGUCGACUCCUUUGAUCUUUCAUCUGAAGAUGAAUUUACAAAUUGGUUAAAUGAUAUAGCUAAAAAACAUGACAAUUGGGUUUAUCAUCGAUCUUACAGUCAUGAGAAGAACAUGGUCUUCGUUGGGAAGCCUCUUGAAAAUCCUCUCAAACCUGCUCAGAAAUGCGUCAGAACAACCAAGUCCAUCAAGAUUGGUUGUCCUGCUAGUAUCUAUAAGCAUACCAUGACUGAUGAUACUGUUUGUAUCAAAUACAACUGGCAGCACCCAAAUCAUGAUCCAUUUAAGAUUGAAGAAAUCAGUUCGUCAAGAUUGCCAGAUGAAUUAAAACAAUGGGUAGAAGGGCUUGUCAGCAAAAACAUGGAUUGGAAAUCCAUCAAAAACAUGUUUAGAAUGAGUGAAGACAGACUUCUUGAACUUGAACAAGCUGGCAAUAGUUCUUUUUUCCCUUCUUCUCUUCUCAUUGAUUAUCAAUAUGUGAGAAAUGUUAUCAAUGCUGAAAUAAUGAAACUCUCAAGAAAACAUGUGGAUCAUUAUGAAAGUGUCAAACUGUGGGUUCAAGAGUUGAAUGAAAGUGAAAUUACUACUCUUUUUACAUUUCUGGAGAAUUCAGAAGAGUGGUGCAUUGACUCAACAUACAAAACAAGCAAGUCAUUCAAUACUGUAGCUGGUAAAGAACCUGAAGAUUGCUUUGUGUUUACAAUUACUGUGCAAAAUCCUAUCACUAAUAAGGGAUUGCCUGUCUGCUUCUUUAUAACUGAUCAUGAAUAUACCUCAACCUUGAGUCAAUGGUUAACAUGGGUAAAGAACACCUUUACAUUAAAGAUGAAAAGAAUAAUAAUUGACUGCAGCCCUAUCGAAAUUAGUGCAAUUGAAGAAGUCUUUGGCAAUAGUGUUAAUAUCCUGUUAUGUCAUUGA